AUGGUCAGAUUGCUAUUGAAACAUGGCGCCGAGGUCGAUUCCUCCACGUAUGAUUUUGCUACACCAUUAAUGGUAGCCGCAGGCAAGGGCCGAAAUAAAAUCAUCGAGAUGCUACUUGGCUCGGGGGCUCAGUUAGAACCCCGAGAUAGUUCAGGCCGAACUCCCUUUUCCUGGGCUGCAGGGAAUGGACAUGAAGCGACGGUAGAAUUACUGCUUGGAAGAGGCGCUGAACUGGAAUCUUGCGAUCAAUUAAACAGAACCCCUUUCUCAUGGGCCGCGGAAAACGGCCAGCUGGGAACUAUGCUACUCCUGCUGGAGAAAGGUGCCCAAAGGAAUUCCAGAGACAGCGACUCAAGAACGCCGUAUUUAUAUGCUGCAAAGGGAGGACAUUUACAAGUAGUCCGAGAGCUGAUAGAAAAGGGGGUUGAGGUGGAAUACAAAGACAAUAACAACUCAACGGCGCUUGAUCUGGCCGCAAUUAAUGGCCACGAGGCAGUGGUUCAGCUGCUACUCAAAAAUGGAGCCCAAGCAGAUGGUCACGGUACAGCUCUUACUCCACUGUUGCAUGCUAUUGAACACGGACACUACGCCGUAGUCCAGCAGCUACUCGAACACGGAGCCCAAGUAGAUGGUCACGAUGCAGGUUUUACUCCACUGUUGAGUGCUAUUGAACACGGACACUACGCCGUGGCAAAACUGCUUCUCAGCAAAGGUGCCUCGCUGGAAUCCAAGGAUUCUUAUUUUGGUCGAGAAGUGCUGUCAUGGGUUGCCGGAAAUCCCCUCACUAAUCAAACAAUCAUGUAUACAAAGUUCGCGUAUCCCGACUCUGAUAGGUAUUCAUUUGACUACAAGGUGCCUCCUGAAGAACAUCUGGAAAUUUUAGUCCGGUUACUGCUUGAUCAAGGCGCCAAACCAAAUUCGCGGGACAAUACGGGCCGAAUGCCAGUGUCGUGGGCCGCUCAAAAUGGAAGAAAGAAAAUGCUCGAGAUGCUGUUGGAUAAAACCUCCGAUGUAGAGUGCGGCGAUGAUAACGACCGCACGCUCAUAUCCUGGGCUGCCGAAGGUGGACAAGCUGCUAUCAUCAAGCUACUACUUGCGAGAAAUGCCAAGCUAGAUUCGAGAGAUAAAUUUGGCCGAACACCACUCUCUCAUGCUACUUCACAGGAUGGAUGGGGACCAAUCGUGGAGUUGAUGCUUGACCAUGGAGCUGAAUUUGAUUCACGCGACAAUUCGGGCCGAACCCCCCUUUCUUGGGCCGCGAACAACAUUACUCAAUCGUCAGCACAGAUGGUUAUUAGCAAGGGAGCUGAUAUAGAGUCUGAGGAUGGCUCAGGAUGGACACCUUUAUUCUGGGCCGUAAAACAUGAACAGGACUCUUCUGUGCGUUUCUUUCUGGAAAAGGGUGCUUCUUGGAAAGACCGUGAGGAUAGUUCAGGUCAUGGUCUAUUAACCUAUGUCUCCAAGUGUACAAAAAGUACAAGUCGGGAACUGUUUCCAUAG